AUGAGGCGCUCCCAUUCAAGGACACGCCACGAAGAUGACUCUUUCUCUGACAGCAAUUCUGAUACCGCUUUUCAGCUCAAUCUCGCAGAGGAAGAAGAGCACAAAAAUCAACAAGAUUCAGACGAAGCUUCUCAAGAAGAGAUCUCUCAGACUACAACGAGUUCUGAUGAUGAAGCUUCUUCUGAAAACUCAUCAAAAUCACCUUUUGAAUAUAUUCUUGGUUACAAACUUGAAGAUGAAACUAAUAAUGAAAAAAUGCUUUUUGUAAAAUACAAAGGAAAAGCCUAUAUUCAUUGCGAAUGGAUUCCUCUUUCAAAAUUUUUGUCUUUUCCUGAAGCCAAUCGCCAAUGGAAACGAUAUGAAAAGAAAAAUCCAUAUCCGCCUCCGGAGCCUUAUUAUGAUCAAUCAUAUAAUGAACCGGAAAGAAUCAUUGCAACAAAAAAGGAAAACGAACAAACUUUAUAUUUAACAAAAUGGAAGAACUUAGACUACAAUUACUGCACGUGGGAAGAUAAUAUGGACCAAUCUCUUAUUGAUUCAUUUUAUAAAUAUGACUCAGUUACAGAAGAAACUCAGUUCAAGAAGCCUUCAAAAUCUCAGUUCAAGCCAAUUGAAGGGAACCCCACAUAUAAAAACGGACUCCAGUUAUUUAAUUACCAGCUCGAAGGAGUCAACUGGCUUCUUAAAAACUGGUAUUCGGAUAUCAACUGUAUUUUAGCGGAUGAAAUGGGUCUUGGUAAAACAAUCCAAGCCGUGGCAUUCUUCGAAAGAAUACACCGUGUUGAAAAACUACCUGGUCCUUACAUGGUUAUAGCUCCUUUGGCUACACUCCCUCAUUGGCAGAGGCAGAUCGAAUCAUGGACUGAUUUAUACGUUAUUAGAUACACAGGCAACAGACAAGCAAGAGAAAUGCUUCGAGAAUACGAAUUUUACAAAUCAAACUCGGAACAAGUGAAGUUUGAUAUAUUCCUUACAUCAUACGAAGUUCUUUAUAAAGAUGUUGAUGAACUUCGCCACUUCAAAUUCCCUGCUUUCGUUGUUGAUGAAGCUCAUAGACUCAAAAACAAGAAUUCCAAGAUCUUAUCCGCAAUCCAACACUUGAAAACAUCAUUUAGAGUACUUCUUACCGGAACACCACUACAAAAUUCCAUAGAAGAACUGCAAUCUUUGUUGGAAUUUUUGCAUCCAGGCGAAUUCUCCGAUUUAAACAACGACAUGGAUGCACAAGAUAUUCAAAAACUCAGAGUCAGACUCCAACCACAUCUCCUUCGUCGAUUAAAGGUAGAUACAGACCAAUCUAUUGCUCCAAAGGAAGAAACAAUCAUUGAAUGCACAAUGACGAAAUACCAGAAGCAGUUCUACAGAGCUAUACUCGAACAGAACUCUUCUUUCCUUUCUGGAGGCACAAAUUUACUGAAUAUCGCGAUGGAUCUCAGAAAAGUUUGCAUCCAUCCAUUCCUUAUCAAAGGAGCAGAGGACAAAAUCCUCGCUGAUAUGGGAUACACAAACCAACCAGAUAAAGCUCUAGAAGCAAUUAUCAGAUCCAGCGGAAAAAUGAUUUUAAUCGACAAACUUCUGCCAAAAUUGAAAGCUGAUGGCCACAGAGUUCUCAUUUUCAGCCAAAUGACCAAUCUUUUGGAUAUCUUACAAGAUUAUUUGGCCGCAACUGGCUACAAGUUCCUCAGACUUGAUGGGCAGGUCAAGCCAUCAGUCAGGCAAUCGUUAAUUGACCAUUUCAACGCUCCAGAUUCCGAUGAUUUUAUCUUCCUCCUCAGUACAAGGGCCGGUGGCUUAGGUAUCAACUUAAAUGCAGCUGAUACAGUCAUUAUAUUCGAUAGCGACUGGAAUCCACAGAACGAUUUGCAGGCACAAGCCAGAUGCCACAGAAUUGGUCAACAAAAGACCGUAAAAGUGUAUCGUCUUAUUACUAAAGGUACUUACGAGCAGAACAUGUUCGAGAUUUCAUCAAAGAAACUCGGUCUCGGACAUGCUAUUUUAGAUAAGACGAAAAAGAAGGAACUUGAUACACUUUUACGUAAAGGAGCUUAUUAUGCAUUGAAUGAUGUUGAAGAAGAUACAUUUGGAGAAGAUGAUAUCGAUCAAAUUUUAUCAAGAUCGAAAACAAUGGUCAUAAACGAAGCUGCUGGUUCAAUGUUCUCUAAGGCACAGUUCGAUGUCGAUGAAAACACUAAUAUCGAUAUCAACGACCCCGAAUUUUGGCAAAAGAUUUUACCAAAUGCGCAAGCCGCCGAAGAAGAAGAGAUUGGAGAAUACGCAGGUCUUACCAAUGUCAGAAUCCGCAAGAAAGCCGAUGUAAACUUCAAAGAAUCCGAUGAGGAAGAAGAAGGUGAACCUCCCCGGGGAAGUUGGUCGCACAGAGACAGAGAACGUCUCCAGCAACUGUUGUUCAGAUAUGGCUGGGGUCGUUGGGAUGUCGCCCCUACUUUAGGACUUACCAGAACGAUAAAUGAAGUAAAAUUGGCCGCACGUGCAUUUCUGAGGACAAUUAUGGUUGCAGCACAAGAUAAGACAGAUAUGGAGACAGCACAAAUUCUUUUGGACGAAGGAAAUUCAAAGGAAUUUGACGAUAAGUUUACAACGGAAGAAGAAGCUAAAGAAAGGGACAAAGAAAUAGCAAAUCUACUUCGAAUCAACGAAGAAGAGUUUGUUCUUCAGAUCCAGCACAACGCUGUUGCAUGGAUCAGACGUCUUGACGUUCUUUACUACAUUUCACAAGUUGUAAACAAAGCGAAUGGAAAAAUUGAAGAAUUAAACAUUCCUCAAUGCCACACACAGCCGCCAAGUCAAUGGUGGAGUGAAAACGAUGACAAAUGUUUAGUCAUGGGAACUUAUAAAUGUGGAUUCGCUUGUUACGACAAGAUGCUCAAUGACACAGAAAUUCCAUGGUCAUUGGUAAAAGACAAAACAUUGGAUCCUCCUUCAACAGCGAAUUUGACACCAAGAUUAAAGAGAAUUGCCAUCGAUAUAAGGAAGAUGUUGAAUGGCGAAUUGUACGAAAACAACCCUAACUACAAGGCAAGAAAACCAAGAGGCCCAAUGACAUGGAAGAAGAGGGAUAAAAGUGCUGUUGUCCAACAAUUGCAACAUCAAGGAAUUCCUCUGAAAGAAGAUGGUGAAUUCGACUGGGAAAAGUUCAGAGAUAUCACUGGAUUCACAGAGAAAACAGAUGAAGAAAUGGAACAAUACGUAAAGAACAUCUUGGACGGAAAAGAUAACGACGAGAAAGAAAAAGAACAGAAACAAAAUACAGAAGAAAAAUCUCAGGAAAAUAAGGAAGAACAAAAAGAGGAAGUAAAAAGUGACAGAAAAAGUAAACCUCAUAGUGAACCAAAAAGUGACAAGCCUGAAACUGAGAAAACAGAGGAAGAGAAGGAAAACGAAGGAAAAACAGAAGAGAAAGAAGAAAAGGCAGAUGAAAAAGGAAAGAAGAAGAGCAAGAAAGCAUCAGAAGGCGAUGAAGACAAUCAAGCAAAUAGAUUAAAGCAAAGAGUAGAGAGUUUGACAAGAUUAAGGCGUUUAUUCAUCAAAUACGGUGAUGACAAGCUCAAAGAAUACUUCGAAACAAUGCCAAGAUGGAGAAAUGUUCCUAAUUUGUGGACAAAUGAAAUUGAAUUUAAGUUUUUCAAGAACAUUGCAGAGAAAGGAUGGGGCCUUUGUGCAGAGAUCCUCAAACAGGAAGAGUUCGUCCCUAUUGUCGGUGAAAAACCUCCACAAUUUGUCACAAAUGAUAUCCGAGUCAUGAAAAGACUCAUGGUUUGCUUAGAUUUGAUAGAGAACACUCCUUUAGAACAACUCAAGGAGCAAGAUGCCGCUAGAGUUAAGCGCAGACCAGCUCCAUCAAAUGAUACUUUGCCAAUGCCAUCUCUCAAGCUCAACGAAGAUGGUUUACCAGAUCUACCUUUGCUUCUCACCGCUUCAUCCUCAAUUUUGUCUUUCGGUACGAUCGUAUGGGACCGACCAGGUUUCCACACAGAAAAGUACAUUUAUCCGGCCGGCUACAAAAUUACAAAGCUUUACAGAUCUACGAUCAAUCCAACAGAAAGAGUAAAGUACAUUUGCGAAAUUAUUGACAAUGGUGGCCCAGGACCUCUGUUCAGGGUUACCAAUGAGAAGAACCCUGAAGUAUUCUUCGAAGGAGCAAGUCCAACUAGUCCUUGGUCGAUAAUUCUCAAGAUUGUUCAGAAAUUGAGAGAAAACGAAGCUGCAAAGCAGUUAAGUAUAUCAGGACCUGAUUACUAUGGUCUUGCUGCACCAGAAACUAUCUACGUAAUACAGCAUAUGAAGAAUGCGGACAAAUGCGAAGGAUAUGUCUUCAGAGAGUUCUCAGAAGCAGAUCCAGCGCAAAAGCCUCCAAGAAGACAGUCGAGGAAGCAGAGUAAUCCUGCAAAUACUGCAAAUCCUGCUCCAGUUAACCCAAUUCCGAAGCAAGACAACAAACAAAUGAACUUCUUCGUGAAAUACAUCGCCCCCCAGGCCAACCCGAAUGUCAACCCUGAAGCAAGUAGAAUGGCUCUCCAAUACAUGGCUCAGCAAAAUCCAAAUGUAAAUAAUUUGUCACUUUUGCAGAGGGGAAUUCCUCCUGGACCCCAAAUUCUUCAGAUACCCCCUCAAUUACAGGCAACAAUAAAUAUUCCUCCUCCGCCACAAAUUCCUCAAUUAGGAGGUCCGCCACCUACAUCAUUACAGCCAAUGGCACAACCUCUUGGCCCUCCUUCUAUCUUGUCAUCAAUUCUUCCACCUCCACCUCCGAUUUCUAAUGUAAAGGUAGAAAGCCUCGUCAGUCCAAUGUCUACACCUACAAUGAUGACUCCAGAGAAACCAAAGGCUUCUCCAAAGGUAAUUAUCAAGAGCCAUCCUAAAGUAAUUGGAGCUCCAAAGAUUGUUGACAAGCAGGAAGAGGAGAAACCAAAGAAAGUUGGAAGUCUAUCUAUAGAAGACAUGCUCAAGUAA